CUCUGACUUAUUUCUUAACCAUUAGCACUUGUAAUUAUUUUUUAUAGCUGUAAGCAGACCUGUGGAGUAGUUUAAAAUGCUUCAUAUCAAACCAAAUUAUUUUAUGUGUGUAGUUUACUAUGUCACAAGCAAGGCUGAGAUUUUUUAUUGAAGCAAGCAGGAUAUUCAUAACAACUCUUUGUUGUAUGAAUUUUCUGAGGCUACUGUCCUCUUUUGUAGCUAAAAUCCUUAGAAAAAUAAUGUUCUUAUGAAUAUAUAUAUCUUUCCAGUUCGUAUUUAGAAUCAGGAAAAGCUGAUGUUACAGGAUAUUAUUAACACAGCAGUUUUUGUCUUCUCUAACUUCUUGGCCCCUGGAAUAGCUUAGUACACAAUAUGUUGUGUUUUCAUGUGUACUUGAUGUACAUUUUUAAGUAAACAAAUUAUGGAAGGGAAAACAUUCAAGUGUUUUUGGGCUCACGCUUGAAAUUGAAACAAUUUUUUAAAAUGCAAUGUGAACAGUACAUUCUUCAUGUGAAACACUUUUGCAUGCAGAUUACAAGGUAGUAGUCUCAUAAAAUACAUUUUAAGACAUUCUGAAAUGCCGUGAGAAAACCAAGAAUUGUAUGAAUGUGUUAAUAUUUUCAGAUCUUUCUUUUCUGGGGGAAUUGUUUUAGCUGUUCCUUAGUUUCAGUGAAUUCAUCUGGUUGUCACUUCAGAAUUCCACUGGCUUACUGUCUCAGAAGGCAAUAAGAUGUUAGCUGUUUAAUUAAUGUAAAUUUUAAUUACUACCCUUUAUAGCCUUUCCUUUUUGAAUGGCCACAUUUUUGUCAUUAGUUAUAAAAUCUGUUACAAUUGUGAUUUAUAUAACGACAGCCUACAGCACUGGAUUAGUACACUGCUUUAUAUAUAAACAGUUUCUUCAGUUAAGUGAUUGAGUUUCUAUUUCAGCUGGAUAAAACUAACCCAAAGAAUAAAGUCUGUGGACUGUAAAGCUGCCAGCUUUUGUAACUAACUUUUGGACUGAAAUGAUACCUCUGUAAAAUGUGUAGCAGUGACACAUUGUAUAGUAAAGGUGGGUAGAGAGGAGAUAUUUAGAGGCUUUCGCACAGAGAAAAAGGAGUGUGAUAAGAUUAUCAAGGGAUGCAAAAUAAGGGAUUUCAUGUGCUGAAGCAUCCGGUGGUAAAGUAUUGUUGGUUGUUAAGCAGUAACUUAUCUGUAACACUAUCAGAGCAAAAAUUUACUUUUGAAGAAGGCUUCAAAAAUUGGGAUAAUAUUCAAUGUAAUAGUCUAUUCCUCUGUUAUAAGACAGUGUAGCACUCAGUACAGAGAGGUAAAGAGAGGUAAAACUUUCUGCAUUGUUCACACUGGUUAAUUUAAUGUGUCUUUUGGGGAAGAGAUGGUAACCCUGAGGAUGCAACAGGAAAGUGGAUCCUUCUGCUCUAUUUUUGAAGCAAAAGGGCAGUGAUGUCACAUUUCAGCAUUCUUUUGCUCUUCUGUGAAAUUCGUUUUAUUGAUCUGUUUGUUCGUGAUCCUAACGGCAGUUAAGGUUUUCCUGGUUUUAGCAUGCUCAUAAGCUCACAGUGGCUGUGACACUGAGUGCGGCCCUUCUUAGUCACACAUUGCUGACAAAAGAGGAGUUUGUUCUAUUGUCCUUUAAUAAACUUUUUGUGUCUGAUGGCUUGGAAUCAACAUAUGCUAUUGGUUGAUGUAAAAGUCAACACCAAUUGCAGUGGGAGGUUAAACAGAAAAAGAUCCAUCCUUGGAGGUUUUCAAAGCAUUCCUGAACAAGUUCCUGAGCUUGAUCUGACGUUGCAAUUAUCCCAUAUUUGAAGAAGUAUUUUGAUUAGCUGGUCUAUGGAAGGCCUUUCUCCCAUAAAUGAGUCUAUGACACUAAGGAUAUCUGGAGAUAAAAUUCUUCAGGAAUGCUUGUUUCACGAUAGUUGUUCCCAGAUAAGUCUUUUCUAAGUCAGUGAACACAGAAUGUUUUGUAAUGAAUGAGAACACUGUAAUUACUCAGGUAAAAAGUAACUGGAUGUACAAGCCUUUGAAGGCUUGGGAACAGUGUGUUGUACUGUAUGAACAGUUACAUUUUAGGCCUAUCUGCUGCUUAUCUAGCUGGCAAGGCUGCUGAACCCUGGUUUCAACAAACCCUGUCGCGGGAGUUUGAAUUUGGUCUUCCCAAUGCAUCAGUGCCUUGAUGUUCCACAACCAUGGGUAGGCCAGAACCCAGCACAAAUCUCACAUACUUCUGGAUGGAUUUAACUUCUUCAAGAAGUUUAAAUGCUCAGCACCCAGUGAUCUGAAAUGGAAGAAUAUUUGUAGUGAGCAGAGGUUUCGAAUCUCGUUCUCUGGAGGUCAAGGCUAGAACAGGAGCCUGUGUGCCUCUGCUCACAGCCAGCCAGCCAAGUUUGAAGUUGAAAAGAGGGUGUUUGAACCUGGGGUUAUUUGCAUCCAAAUCUGAAGUGUUCUCCAUCUGUUGUGUGGCCUCAUAGAAUCACAGAAUUGUAGGGGCUGGAAGGGACCUCUAGAGAUCAUCAAGUUCAACCCCACUGCAAAGGCAGUGCAGGCUGCACAGGUAGGCAUCCAGGUGGGUUUUGAACAUCUCCAGAGAAGGAGACUCCACAACCUCCCUGGGCAGCCUGUUCCAAUGCUUUGUCACCCGCACUGUGAAGAAGUUCUUAAGCACGUUUGUGUGGAACUUCCUAUGCUUCACUUUGUGGCCAUUUCCCCUUGUCUUAACACCACAUGCUGCUGAAAAGCGUCUGGCCUUGUCAGGCUUAUAAGUUGGUUUGUGCAACCAGAAAUCAGGAAAUCUGGUUUAUGCAUUCUGUCUGAACAUUUUGAUAUGCAAAAUAAUAACAUUUAUGACUUGUUUUAUCAACUUUCUUUUUUUUUUUUUUAAUUGUUUCCUAAAAGUGUCAAGAUUAGGGGUUACCACAAAAUGCUUUUGUUUCUGAUGCUUCUGAUAUCUGUGCAUACGCAUGUUUGUGUAUUUUGGCUACAAAGACAAGUUCUCAAAUGUGGGUGUUCACAAAAAUCAAUUUACAGUUCAUCUGGUAAUUUUACCCCUAGCUUAAAAAAAAAUAAUAAUAAUAACCAUUUUUUACUAUUUCGAAGGAAAGUUUACCUUCCAGUGAUGCUAGAUGCAAUCUUAAGAGAGAAGGAAAAAGUGAGAUUUUCUUUAUAGACAUUUUCCAUAAGAAACAGGCAUUGUUAAGCAUCUCAUGCUCAUUUUAGACAUUAUUCUAAAAUAAUUCAGUAUCACUUCACAUUCAUACGAUCUUUUUCCUCAUUAGCAGCUGCGUGGCAUGUUAUUAGCAGACAGUUGUAACAGAGCAGGAGUGGAAUUUAAGAGAAUGGUCACACUGUAAAAUUAUCUGCCUGUUCUGUGCUUGCAUUUUUCAUUUAUUAGACUCAUUGACAGCAGAUUAUGCCUCAGCACUAGGAGCUCCUGUUUCAGUACUUGCUAAUUUAUCCCCGGUCUUUAAUUUCUGACCUGUAAAUUUAUUUUAAAUGUGAUGGAUAAUACUUCUAUUGCUGUGAUAUUUACCAUUCUGCAUUAUUAAGCUGUACACUUGAAGUUACACAGUUCAAAAACCAUCAUGUAGUUAAACAAUUUGGUCCAGCUAGUGCUCUCGAGCCUUGCAAAAAUAGAAGAAAAAUACCGAACAAAGACACUGGAUGUCAGUGUUGCUUCACACAGCUUUGUAUAUCAUGGCGUAAUUAGAGAGCACUGAAAACCCAUUUGUAGACAAGAUCCUAAAGCUGAGCCCAAGCCGUGUGGGUCAGGACCCGGCUUCUGUAUGGCUGGAGGUUUGCCUUUAUCUUGUAAUAACUUCGGCUCCUCACACUGUGUCAAACCACAGUGUCUCCUGAGUGUGCUGCAUGAUGAAGGGAGCAGGAUUUGGCUUAGUCAUAGUCACAUUAUUUUUAGUGUAGAGGGCUAGGAUCUUAUCUUUUUCAGUCAAUACCCACGUUUAAGUAUUUGAAGUCAGGAGUAUUCUUAACUGCAAAUAAAAGCAUUUUGUCUGAUUUUGAAAGAUGCAUUGGGAAGCUUUGGACUUCAUAAAGUAUAUUUUGUUUUGACACCAAAAUCUUAGAGGUGAAGUUUCUUAAUUACCAAUUACUUUUAAGUUGGUAAUGACCAGGAUACUGAAAGGGUUGCAGCUUCUGAGACCCAGUUUAAUAUUUUAUGCAACAUACAGUUGUUAACUUGUUGGUUGUUUUGUUAUUAUUAUUUUUUUCUAAUAAAUGCUCAAAGUCCAGGAAUGCAUUCCUGAAGAUGCGGAUGUCUUCUACUACUUUAGUCUUGUUCUGUUUUUCAGCACCUUCCCAGCCAUUUCAAGAGCUUGUAUCAUAUAAUAGUUGUAGUUUGAAUGAUCUAAACUCAUACAUACUACUGUUUGUUUUAAAUAUGACUUCCAUUCUCAUUGUGGUCAAACAUACUGUCCUUUGGAAUUUUUGCCAGCUUUCUUAAUGAAACAAUGCUUGUAUACCCGAGAUUUUAGCCUUCUUUUAUUCUUUUACUUUCUGGCAUCCUCUGAAUGCUUUGUCCGUUUUUGUUUGAAUGUGACAGAAAGACAGCAGUAUCAAAAUGAGAUCAUAGAAUAGGAUAGAGGACAAGAAUGAAUGGAAAUUUGGUUCACUGCUGAAAAAAAGAUGAAGAGACGCCAGUCAUUAUGUGUUUCUGAUUACUCACAGCGUGUACUUUCCCUUGCCGAAUGACAGUAGAUGAGAGACCAUGGGGAAGUGAAGUGACUUAGAUGCACAAGAUGUUCUUAGGGAACAAAUGAUGUUAAUCAGCAGGAGCAUAGGUUUAGUUAGUCCAAAGUCCAAUUGGUUUAAUCUUGGAAGAUAUUCAGUGAGUGAUCUGUUUUCCUGAGAAAAAUUAACAAGAGCAAGUCACAUCAUUUCCAUCAUAGCACUAAGGUACAAAGACUUCUGAAGGACAUGUAAACAUAUUCAUAGUUGAAUUUUCCUGCUAGUUUAUGUGAAGACUAAAAGCACUUCUUGAGCAAAGGUUAAGUGAUUUCCUACAAAGCCUGCUUCCAUAUGAAGUGGGAUGCCUGAAUUUAUAUAUUUUUUUCUGUUUUUAUUUUAGUUUUUUUUUUCAUCCUCUGAGUUCAGAGCCAUAAGAUCAAACCUCUUAACUCUGUGUAUCCAUCAUGUAUGUAAAUAGCCAAUGAAUGAUGAAAAUUCAGGUUGUCCUCGCAGAAUGUACCCCAUUUUUCAGUGAAUCUGUUUUAAAGUAAGUGUGAGAAGCCCACCCAACUUGUAGUGCAAUAUUUUUUUUUCCUUUUAUAUUAACUAUAUUGUAAAUUUCAACUUAUGUAGUUAUUUUCUCAGCCCUGCAUGAAUAUCCACUAUUAGAAUAAUACUACUGUGUAUUUUCCAGGCUCUCACAGUCCUGGUAGACAUUGUAAUACAGUUUAAAGAAUGACAUGUUUUUGUACUUUAGGGGCUUAUAGAUCACAGGUUUAUAGGUUAAUGAAAGCCACCUGGUGUGAAAAUGUUUGUUUGGUAUGGUACAGUACGUGUUUCAGUUACGGUACUGUGUUUUACCAAAGAACAGAUGAGUUUGUUGAUGAUUCCUUAAGGUUGCACUACUUUGUAGUAAAGAGGUUUUCUGUUUUGUGCACCUGUGCAUCCACCAUCCCUUAAAAAAUUUGAUUUCUUUGUCUGUGCUGUUGCAAAUGAUGUAUUGCUCUGUGGCAUUGGUAUGAACACUUAAUUAAUUACAAAAUUACAGUGAGGAACAAUGUCUUCCAUGACUGGCGGUGACGUUGAUCAACUUCAGGUUUAAUGAUUCUUCAAUCUGUCUUUUACUCGUCAAAGGCAAUUGCUGGAGUAAAAUCAAAUUUCCACACAAGUACCACACCAGCAUGGACAUCCCAAGGACUUUGCAUGUGCAAUUCUGUCUGUGUCCAAUUAGUAGUGUUUAUUUUCAAGCAUUAGUUGUAAGAUGUUUGCAUUCAUGCAUGCACACAGCCAUAGAGAGAGAAGCCAUCCCUUGUUAUUGGAUGUAGACAAAAGUCUGUUGACAUGGCUAAUCCUAGGAGUUCAGAUAUCAAUCUGGGAUUGACAAAACUGUCCAAAUUUACUGAAUCUACAAAUACCAGGUGGGAAAAUCUCAAUUACAGACUCCUAAACAGCUUCAGCAUUUGACAUGAGAAAUCCAGAGAUUAGGGAUUAUAAUCUUGAUUGUUUAAUCAUGAAUCUUUGCUUUCAUAAUGUGGUAUUUUCCUGUUUCAGAAUACUCAUUCAUAGCUCCCAGUGAACCAUGAUUUUUAUUAAAUUAGGAUUAGUCCAUCUUAUAUCAGUACUCACAUUUUGUACAUACAUAUCUAUGUGUAGAAAUGUAUUUACGUGUAUUUUUGUUUAGUAAAACAAACCAGUGGUGGCGUUUCAUCUGCUCUUUAAAGGAUGUACAUGAUUAAAAGAUGAGCAGGUUAGAGAAUAGGUACGCUGGAAUAUUCUAGAUCAAAGCUUUGGCAGAAGUAAUGUUUGUGUUUCGGUAAACCACUUUUUUCCACUUCUGAGUGAUACAACAGUGCACACCAGAUGAGUGACACAGUAGAAUGAUUUGUGGUGCAUUUACCCUAUUGCUUUUUCUCUUUUAUUUUUUUUUUUUUUAAAUUUGAAUAGAAAUUGUGGUUUUUGAAACAUUUGUGUGGCUGCAACCAUUUCUUUUCAAAACUUAUAAAAUUAAUUUUAAGAUUCUACAUCCAGUCGGAAAACUUUUUUUCUUUUUUUCUUUUUUUCUUUUUUUUGGUAAUAUUUUAUGUUAUAUUUUUUGCAGUAUCAUUAGGAAUGCUGGUAAUAUGAUUGAGAAGAAAAUUUCUUAUCAUUUAAUCACGAACUAACUAAACAAAGCUUUAGCAUGUUAGAAAAAAGCAUCUAUUAUCCGUGAUCUGUACUGAUACAAUAUGGGAGAUAUAAUAAGAUUCAGAAUAAGAAGAACUGGAGUGCAGCAUAAAAAAAUGUAAUAUAUGUUAUAAGAAACCAUUUUUGGUAAUAUUCAGGAAACUAAUUAAGUUAUAUUAAGCUUUGAUUAAAUCUGAAAAGUUAAAUGUAUAAUUAAAUAUUUCCAAAAUUGGUGCUUUGUUUCAGAACCACCAAUGCCAGCAAUUAAAAAAUUGAGUCAGGCUUCAGAAUAUCAGGAGAUUAAGUUAAUAGACUAAAAAUGAAAUUCAAAUAUUUUUAUUUGCCAUUUUAAAUUUCUUGUAAUGUUUUUCUAUAAUUUCAGGGACUGUGAAACUGCUUGUAUCUGAAAUGAGAAUUGAGAUCUUGAGAAUUGAAAUGAGUGUUUUGAGCAGAAUAUCAAAAUCAUGAAUGGAUGACACUUCAGCUUUGUUCAUCUUUGUCUAAAGAUUAACAUAUAAACUAAUUUAUACAAAUACAACUAAAAUAUUUAACGGUAUAUUUAUUUUUAUUGCUUACUGUGGGACAGUUUGGGAGGGCACUUUCACACAGGUAAUGGAUUUUAGAUUUUGAUCUGAGGGAUCUAGAGCGUCUAGAGGUACAGAUUCUCUAGCUCCCCUGUGCCCCUGUUCCAAAUGGAAUGAAGCAUUUAAGUAAGUUGACAGUUUGACUUUUUCUGCGCGCUGAUCACUUUGUACCUGCAUGUUCAGUGCGAGAAGUUAUUUCUCGACCAAAAAUUACUGGGUGGACUGAGCUCUGUUCUGCCCCAUAGGGGCAGCGGGGCUGGUGGAGCUAAGCCCCAUCUCUCACCUCAGAGCAGCAUUGGCUCUGCUGUGACCCUGAAGCAGCCCUGAGAUGUCCCAAGGUCCAGCACCUCUCCCUGCACCACGCAGCCCCGGCGAGCGCUUGCCCCGCUGUGCCUCACAUUCCCGCUGGACAGAGGCCAAAAGCACAGCACUGCCCGAAUAUAAAGCGGGAGGUGACGGGGGAGAGCCACAAACUGACAGGAGAGGAGACGAGCCGAAAAUGUGAGCUUUGCUCUGAGAGCUUCGCGUGGCUGUUCGUACAGUUAUGACAUUUAGUAAGUGCUUUUAUUGAGCAUAGUGAGAGCACAGCUGCAGAAAAUGUGAGUGCUUCUGUGUUGUUUGUUGUUUUGUUGGUUUUUUUUCAAUUUUUUUCCCUGUAGUCUUGGAACCACAAAUUCUCGGAAGAAACCUGGAGAACGACCCAGAUCAGGGUGGUUUCUCAGCCACCCAUUCUUCUGCACAAGGAACUUCUUUUGGGGGUUUUGGUGAUGACGGGGGCAGAGAGGAGAAGGAGAGCGGUGUGGGGGAAGAUCCGGGCUGUUCGCUGUGAAGAUAUCAAGCAGUGGUGUGUGAGGCGGCUGCCCAUCUUGGAGUGGGUGCCUGUCUACGAUUGGAAGGAGAAUCUGGUUCCCGAUAUGGUGUCUGGGAUGAUGCUGGCCAUCCAGCAGGUGUCUCAAGGAUUGGCCUUUGCUGCUCUCUCUUCAGUCCAUCCAGUUUUUGGUUUAUAUGGUUCAUUCUUCCCUGCCAUUAUAUAUGCCAUAUUUGGAAUGGGACGUCAUGUUGCAACAGGAACUUUUGCCUUAACUUCCUUAAUAUCUGCCAAUGCAGUUGAACGUCUUGUUCCUUCCAUUGGCAGUAAUUUCACUGCAAAUAAUAAUUCAGGAAUCUUGGGCCUGUCAGAGUUUGAAAUGCAGAGAAUUGGAGUUGCAACAGCAGUUUCAUUUCUUGGAGGAAUCAUUCAGGUAGCAAUGUUCAUGCUGCAGCUGGGCCAUGCCACCUUCUUGUUAACAGAACCAGUGAUCAGUGCAAUGACCACAGGAGCUGCGACGCACGUUGUGACUUCACAAGUCAAGUACUUGCUGGGAAUGAAAAUGCCGUACAUAUCAGGACCGCUAGGAUUUUUUCAUAUUUAUGCCUACGUAUUUGAGAAUAUCAGAUCGGUUCAGCUAGAGGCUUUACUUCUCUCCUUGCUGAGCAUUGUGGUGCUUGUUCUUGUUAAGGAAUUGAAUGAGAAAUUUAAGAGAAACAUAAAAAUUGUUCUUCCUAUCGAUCUAGUUUUGAUAAUUGCUACAUCCAUUGCCUGCUGCUAUGCCGAUAUGGAAUACGUCUACGGGCUAGAAGUUGUGGGGCAUAUUCCUCAAGGGCUGCCACCACCAAAACUGCCAUCCAUGAAUGUCCUAUCUGAGGUAGUCACAGAAGCUUUUGGGGUAGCACUGGUUGGUUAUGUAGCAUCACUAGCUCUAGCCCAAAGCUCUGCUAAAAGGUUUAAUUACACUGUGGAUGAUAACCAGGAACUUUUGGCUCAUGGCCUCAGCAACAUGAUUCCUUCAUUUUUCUUUUGCAUACCAAGCGCGGCAGCGAUGGGACGGACAGCACUGUUAUAUAGCACGGGCGCCAGAACACAGGUGGCUUGCCUUAUCUCUUGUGCAUUAGUUCUUGUGGUGAUCUACACGAUUGGAACAAUGCUGUACUGGCUGCCCAUGUGUGUGCUAGCAAGCAUUAUCAUUGUGGGCUUGAAGGGGAUGCUAAUGCAGUUCCGUGACUUAAAAAAAUAUUGGAAUGUGGAUAAAAUAGACUGGAGCAUAUGGGUUACUACCUACAUGUUCACAAUCUGCUUUGCUGCUAACGUGGGAUUGUUGUAUGGUGUUGUCUGCACAAUAGCAAUUGUGAUUUUCCGCUUUCCCAGAGAAAAGACACUGAAUUUGAAAAAUAUGAAAGAAGUGGAAUAUAAAUACAAAACUGAAGAUAAUUGUGAAUCAUUAAAAAAGGUAAAGAUAGUUUCAGUCAGCAACCCAUUAGUCUUUCUCAACGCCAGAAAGUUUCAUGCAGACCUGAUGAAGAUAAUCCAGAAGGAUAGCACGAGCAGCCAGGCAUGUGAAGAUGUAAACAAGUGUGAGCAGAACACAUUACUCUGCUCAUUUUCCAAUGGAGGUUGUCAUGGUGAAUCGCUGCAGCCAUGUCAGAGUGAGCGACGCAUUUUGAUAUUGGACUGCAGUGGACUGCAUUUCUUUGAUUACACUGGAGUCUCCAUGUUGCUUCAGAUUUACAUGGAUUGUAAAAGCAGACACAUUGAAGUGUUGUUCGCAUGCUGCAAAGCUUCCUUGAUUAAAGCAAUGCAGUAUGGUGGAAAUCUCGAAUCUGAAAACCCCAUCUUCUUUGACUCUAUUUCUUCAGCAAUCGAUGCCAGUCAGAUUUCCAGGAAAUGCAGCAAGUUCACCGAACAGAGUGAAGUGUGAUGCCAACCCAUCCAGUGUGGAUAGUUUGACCAGCUCAUAUGCAGAAUGAACUACACCAUGGUUUCUUGUUAGCUUUUUUUUUUUCUCAAGGAGAUGUCAUAGAUGCUAUUCUAUAUGCCAUUUAUGUUUAGUGCACUCAGUAAUGACAGAUCUGCCAUUCAGAACAAAAGAUCUUUCCACUGCCAUCACUCAGAGAUUGUUCCUAUAGUUGAUCUACAGUGGUUUUUAUAGUACUCUUAUACACACUUAGAGACAAAUUAUUAGAAAGCAGAUGUGGAGUACUGAGCGUGUUUAACAGUGAGAUAUAUUAUUUUAGAUAUCUUCUAUUAUAACAUUAGUUGUAAUAUGCAUCCGUAGUUUUGUGCAUGGAAUAAUGAGACAUUAGAAUUUCUUAAAAGCACAGUGUUAUAAUUGAUACAUUAUAUUUGGGGAAGCCAUAUACCAAUGCAUACUUUAUUUCUGGUGGAGUUAUUUACCUUUCUCGUUGUUCAAGACAGCUAUUUACAGUGACAGCAUCACAACACAGCUAACAUAUCCUUCAAUUUUUUGGUUAUUGUAAAAUUUUUUAUGCCUGCCAAGGUCAGUGGGAGCACUAUUUGUUGAAAGAAGGCAGAUGUAUGUUGCUUGGAUUGUCUCCCUCACUAGUAGAUGUCAUGAGUUAUUAUAAUGGUUUGCUAUAUUUUCAGUGCCAUGGAUAUUCUUUAGCUUAGAUUGAAGAGGAAAAACUGGUCAUAUUUUUCCAAAACUUUUUCUUGUUUUCAGCACAGUCAUUUGCAUUUCCAGCUUGAGCUGUUGUUUGGUCAGUGCUGGAAUUUGAUCAUGUAAGAAGUAAGUUUUGUUUGUUGCCCAAAGUGCAUUCAUGUCAGAUGCAGUAGUUGAUUGCAAAUGACUUUGACAGGUUAUAACAGGCAAUAACAUUUAAUUAUUAAAUUGUUCAGACAGUCUUAGUGAUUUAUGAACACUUUAGGCACUAUUUACAUUGCACUUUCAUUGUAGAGGAAUCAACUGUAUGUCAGCUGAAUGGAGAACUCUUCUUAACUAAAAGCUGAAUAAGUAAAUAGAAGUUAUCUCUUCUAUUAAGUUCAGUAUUUAUUCUUUGAUAGUUAUAUGCAUUUUCUGAAAAUUUAGAGAUACGUUAGUUAAUAAAAUUGUUAAAACAUGGUCUUUAGAAAAGAUAACACCUACCAAGAGACCUUCAAUUUUGUUCUGAAUAAUCUUGUUAACAGUAAUACAGAUGCUGUUAAAAUUAUUUGUAAUGUCAGUGCUUGAUGAAAUCCUUGGCAACUCUGCAUCAAAUUAAAAAAAUUUUACUGCUAUUCAAAAUGGUUUCCAUUUUCCCCAGUGUUCAAUAGAAGUUUUCUACAGCUGGAUUUUAGUAUCAAUUUCAACCUAAUACGGAAUUUAGUAACAACUUCAACACUCUUCUGUAUAGCCUGUCCACUGGCUUUCCUCAAGUUCAUCAGGAAAUAGUAGUCUGUAUAUAG